UUCUCCGCCUUUGUUUUGAUUUUGUUUUCUUUAAGGGAUACGUGCUAAUGUGUUUGCAUCUGAGGGAGGCUUCAUAGCUUUGAGCGUCGCAUUGGAAAGUCAACAAGCCUUGACUGUAGAGAUUUUCGACUCUCAAUGGAAGACAUCUUCUCACUCGUUGCGAGCGAGGGAGUGAAGCCUAUUUCGCAUCUGCCUCGCAUCUGUAUCCGCAUCCACGACCGAGGGACUUUUUAAAAUGAAGAUCUAAAGAAUAACACAGCAGCCGCUUAAACCUGUGGGCCUUUAGCGCCAGGGACUAUCCAUUAUCAGGGAAGGAGUCGUUUUAACGCCAGGACACCUCGUGUUGGCGGUGUGUUAACCGAACAGAAGGGCUGUAGGGUUUUUAUCACAUUUUGACCGCAUUUGCCCAGCAGCAAGACGGGUCAAGGUGUGAUUUAUGGAUUCCACAAGAAGAGCCGAUUAAUAGAAGGUUUAACUUUUGAAAAGAGUGAGGCACUCUCAGCCAAUCAAAGAGCUCUCCACCACCUCCACGCUUCCUCUGUCCCAUCACUAACUCUUUAACAGGCAUCAUGGGUACGGUGCUGUCACUGUCUCCCAGCUACCGCAAGGCGGUCCUGUUUGAGGAUGGCCCGGCCACUGUGGGCCACUACACGGCGGUACAGAACAGCAAGAAUGCUAAAGAUGCUGCCACAGCAGCUGCUAAGUCCCUCAAGCGCCCAUCUAUCAUUAAUGUGUUACCAUGGAAACGCAUUGUGGCUGUAUCGGCGAAGAGAAAGGGCUCUAAGAAGCUGCAGUCAGAAGGUGGAGAUGGUGGGAAAGGGACUUCCCCAGAUGGCCAUGCCACUGCUACAGCUAAUUCCACCUCCAAUAGUGUGAAGCUGAAGAAGUCUCAAUCCUGUGCUAACCUUUCUUCUUACUCAUCGAGCCAGGAUCCCUCAGCCACCACCACCACUACCUCCUCCCACCUGCCCACCUCCAAGACCCUGGCCAAUGUAGUUACUGUUACUGCCAAAAAGAAUUCCCUCACAGGCUCUGGGAUUCAGCCGUCAACUGCAGCUGGCACCCCAAAACGUGUAAUCGUCCAGGCCUCUACCAGUGAACUGAUGCGCAGCCUUGGCGAGUUCCUUUGCCGUCGGUGUUACCGCCUGAAGCGUCUCUCCCCGACAGAUCCAGUGCUGUGGCUGCGCAGCGUGGACCGCUCCCUCCUCCUUCAGGGCUGGCAGGAUCAGGGCUUCAUCACUCCGGCCAAUGUGGUCUUCCUCUACAUGCUGUGCCGUGACGUCGUAUCAUCUGAGGUGGCCUCAGAGCGCGAGCUGCAAGCUUCGCUGCUCACCUGCCUCUACCUGUCCUACUCCUACAUGGGCAACGAGAUCUCCUACCCACUGAAGCCCUUCCUGGUGGAGGCAGAGAAGGAGGCCUUCUGGGACCGCUGCCUGGAGAUCAUCAACCGCAUGAGCGGCAAAAUGCUGCAGAUCAACACCGACCCUCACUUCUUUACCCAGGUGUUUGCUGAUCUGAAGAACGAGAGCAAGAAAGAGGAGGAGAAAACCAAACUCCUCAUAGGCCUUGACCGAUAA